ACAAUUUCAACGGCAACUGACAUAUAACAGUGGUAUUCUUGUCUUUACACACUUCCUACAUCAUACCAACAAGUUUCAGCUUGUUGAUAGCAACAGCUGAGCAGUUAUGUGAAGGGAAAAAAAAAUACUACUCAAAAUAUACUAGUACUUGUAGCAGUAGUCUUUAAGCUCUUACUGGCUUAGCAGUAGCCAUUAAUGGUGUUGAAAUAGCUCAACAAAACCAUAUUCUGAUACCCCCAUUAUUGUAUUAUUAGAAAGUUCAGUUCUUGUUUUGCUUAAAGAUUUGAAUCUUUUCUUGUUUUUGGGUAGUGGGGUGUUGAAGAAGUAGAGGAAAGAAAUGAUUUUGUUGGUGCUUCAUUGACCCCCCCCCCCCCCCCCCCCCCCCCCCCCCCCCAACCCCCCUCCAAAUUAUUGAACUAAUAGAAAUUUCAGUUCUUUUCUUGGUUUUGGCUAGAGGGGUGUGAGAGAAGUAGAGAAAAGAAUUGAUUUUGUUGGUGUUUUAUACCCAUUGUUGCUUUAUUAGAAAGUUUAGUUCUUUCUUUGCUUAAAGUUUGAAUCUUUUCUUGUUUUUGGGUAGUGGGGUGUGAGAGAAGAAGAGAGAAAGAAUUGGUUUUGUUUGAGUUUUAUUGACCCCCCCUCCCUCUCUUUGUUGUUUCUUUGCUUAAUGUUUGGCUCUUUGCUUGUUUUUGGAUAGUGGGUGAGAGAGAAGUAGAGGAAAGAACUGAUUAUAUUGGUGUUUUAUUGACACCCCUCCAUUGUUCUUUCUUUGCUUAAAGUUUGAAUCUUUUCUUGUUUAGAAAGAAUUGAUUAUGUUGGUUUGUUAUUGACACCCCCAUUGUUCUUUCUGUGCUUGAAAGUUUGAUCCUUUCUUGUUUUUGGGUUGUUGGGGUGUGAGAGAAGUAGAGGAAAGAAUUGAUUUUGUAGGUGUUUUCUUGACAGUAUCCAUUGUUCUUUCUUUGCUUGAAGUUUGGAUCUUUUCUUGUUUUUGGACAGUGGGUUGUGAGAAAAGCAUAGGAAACAAUUGAUUUUGUUGGUGUUUUCUUGAUACCUUACAUUGGUGUGCAUUGUUAGAAACUUGACUUCUUUCUGUGCUUAAAGUUUGAAACUUUUCUUUGUUUUUGGGUUGUUGGGGUGAGGGAAGUAGAGGCAAGAGUGAAAUGGAAGGUGGGUCAAAAUCAAAAAUGAAAGAGAGAGUGGAGAGGCAAAAGGGUGUAAAUCCAAGGAUUGAGCCUUUUGUACCAACGAAAGGUCAUGAUCCUAGAGAGUUGAAAUCUUGGGCUAAGAGGACUGGUUUUGUGUCAACAACUUUUUCCGGGGAAAGUGGAAGAAAUAGUCUUAGUAGGAGGGAUCUUGAUAAUGGGAGAGAUUUGAAUGUGAGGAAUAAUGAGAGUGUUGGAUUUGAUUUGGAAAGAGGAGUUGAUAAAACUGAAACCGUAUCUCCAAAGAUUGAGCUUGAUCCUAUUUUAGGAAGGGCAAGGAAUAGAGGAGUUGAGAUUGAGCCUGAUUUAGGUCCCAUCGAUGAGGGUUCGAGAAAUGGUAGAGGUGAAAAUCUUGGGAGGAGAGUUGAGAUGGAGCCUGAUUUAGGUUCUAUCGAUGAGGGUUCGAGAAAUGGAAGAGGAAGAGGAAGAGGUGAAAAUCUUGGGAGGAGAGUUGAGAUGGAGCCUAUUUUGAGAGCGCAUAAUGAGGAGAGGAAGGACGCUAUGAAUGCGAAUGGCAAUGGCGGUAACAGUGCUAAUGGAGAUGUGAAUGGGAACGGACACAUAGCUCAAGCAGCUGCUCCAGUUACAGAACCAAGGAAGGAUGAUGGCAAUGUGGAUGAAGAAGUGGGAAUGGGCGAAUAUCCCGAUGGCGAGGAUCCUAGUUAUGGAGGGUGGCAUCAGUCUGCGCGGCUAAAAUGUGGACUAAGGGAAAAUCCGGGUCUUGUGCCUCUUAUGUUCUAUGGGUUGCAGCACUAUUUGUCAUUGGCUGGUUCACUUAUUUUUAUCCCUCUGAUUACUGUUCCCACCAUGGGUGGAAGUGAUAAAGAUACUGCCAAUGUGGUUUCCACGAUGCUGCUAGUGUCUGGCCUUACCACAAUACUGCACUCAUAUUUUGGCACCCGUCUCCCUUUGGUUCAAGGGAGUUCAUUUGUAUAUUUGGCUCCUGCAUUAGUUAUCAUGAAUUCUGAGGAGUAUCGGAAUCUUGCUGGGCAUAAAUUUAGGUACAUAAUGAGGGAGUUACAAGGAGCUAUAAUUGUUGGAUCGAUUUUCCAGAGCUUCUUGGGUUACAGUGGCUUGAUGUCCCUUUUCCUACGGUUCAUAAAUCCCGUUGUGGUCGCGCCAACAGUAGCUGCAGUGGGUUUAGCAUUUUUUAGCUAUGGCUUUCCACAAGCUGGUAGUUGUGUAGAAAUCAGCCUUCCUCAGAUACUGCUUAUCCUUAUUUUUACCUUGUACCUUGGAGGAAUAUCCAUUUUUGGUCGUCGAGUGUUUCGUAUAUAUGCUGUCCCUGUUAGCGUUAUGAUCAUUUGGGCAUAUGCGUUUUUCCUGACAGCUGGUGGUGCAUAUAACUUUAAGGGUUGUAGCCCCAACAUACCGAAUUCCAACAUCCUUAUUGAUGCUUGUCGAAAGCAUGCAGAUACAAUGAGGCACUGUAGGACUGAUGUCUCCAAUGCUAUGAGAACUGCUGCCUGGGUCAGAAUUCCUUAUCCUUUCCAAUGGGGUGUACCGACCUUUCGGCUACGGACUUCAUUCAUUAUGGUCAUUGUAUCGUUAGUUGCUUCCAUUGACUCGAUUGGAAGUUAUCACUCCGCAGCAAUACGAAUGAAUUUGAAAGCCCCGACCCCGGGUAUAGUCAGCAGGGGGAUUGGUCUGGAAGGUUUCUGCAGUGUAUUGGCUGGACUUUGGGGAACGGGUACUGGGUCGACAACUUUGACAGAGAAUGUACAUACGAUCAAUGCAACAAAGGUAGCAAAUCGACGGGCUGUACAGCUUGGAGCUGCUCUCUUAAUCCUGUUCUCCUUUGUAGGUAAAGUUGGUGCUAUUCUUGCUUCUAUACCACAAGCGUUGGCAGCCGCGGUACUAUGCUUCAUAUGGGCUCUUAUUGUGGCUCUGGGUCUAUCGACGUUGCAGUAUACGCAAAAUGCGAGUUCCCGGAACGUUAUAAUUGUUGGUGUAUCCUUGUUCUUUGGUUUGUCGGUCCCGGCUUAUUUUCAGCAGUAUGCACCAGAGACUGGCCUAAUCUUGCCUGGCUAUCUAAUUCCUUAUGCCGCAGCAUCCAAUGGACCGGUCCAUACCGGGAAUGCACAAUUCAAUUUCGCAAUGAAUGCGCUUAUGUCCUUAAACAUGGUGGUUACGCUAUUGGUGGCAUUCGUAUUAGACAACACGGUCCCUGGUAGCAGACAAGAACGAGGGGUGUACGUUUGGUCAAACGCUGAAGACAUUAUGACAGAUCCUUCUUCCCUUUUAGACUACUCGUUACCGAGUAGAGUAGCAAGAUGUUUCCACUGGGCUAAAUGCAUCGGCACAUGACAAGAUGCAAAAAAAAACUUGCUUUUGCUGCAUACCAAACUUCAAGUAAGAAACUUAUUGUAGUUCAAGCAUAGCUUAGAAAGAGUAUAGCUAAAAUCGGUGAAAGGUACAUACAGAUUUUACCAUCUUAUACACAAGGAGGUCACAGAUUUCACCAAAUUAUCGUAUUGUCACUGUAAUUGUGAAACAGCCAUGGGGCUAUCCCAUAUUCAACUAUUAAUUCAUUCUUAUAUAGAAAUGUAAGUUGGUUUUUUGAUUAUGAUGAAUGGAAACAUUAUAUUUGAA